CUCCUCCUUCUGUUGCUGUGCUGCAUUGGGAAUAACCGCGCUGCCAUUGAAUGGAGGGACUGAGGCAUAGAGGAGCCCCGACCGAGCGCUGAGAAGAGGCUUUGCUGCUGCUGCUGUCUGAAGGCAAAACAAAACAAGGAGGGAUGCUGCUUGGCGGGGCGUGAGAGAGACAGAGUCAGGCUACAGAAAUCAGCUGAGCUCGCUUGCUUCUUCUCCCCCCGCCCGCCCGAAUGGCUGGAUGGAUCAAGAGCUGAGCCCAGCUGGGGAACAAACUUGCAAAGGCCGUCGGAUGCCUUUGGGAGCCGCCGCCGCUCUUGCUGGAUGCCGGGACACCGUUUCCGCUCGCGCCGCUUUGCACAAGGGGCGGGAGGGCGCCCGAGGCGAUUGCUGGCGCGGCGACUGCUGCUAACGCGAUCCUGAUGUUCGCCCCUUCCCGGGACGCAAUGGCGGCGGCAGGUAGGAGCCCCUCGAAUCCUGCCCAGGCUCGCUUAGCCUCUCCCACCAUCUGAUUGGAUACGGCUGGGCUCUGCGUGGGACUGCGGGGCUACCGCGAGGGCUCGGGGAAACCAUGGGUUACUGCAGCGGCAGGUGCACGCUGAUCUUCAUCUGUGGCAUGCAACUGGUCUGUGUGCUGGAGAGACAGAUAUUUGAUUUCCUUGGUUAUCAGUGGGCACCAAUCCUGGCAAAUUUUGUACACAUUAUUGUAGUCAUACUUGGCCUAUUUGGAACCAUCCAGUAUAGACCUCGCUACAUAACAGGAUAUGCUGUCUGGCUAAUCCUCUGGGUUACAUGGAACAUAUUUGUUAUCUGCUUCUACUUGGAGGCUGGAGACCUAUCAAAGGAAACAGAUCUUAUUCUGACCUUCAAUAUUUCAAUGCACCGGUCUUGGUGGAUGGAAAAUGGGCCAGGCUGCACAGUGACAUCUGUGACUCCAGCCCCAGAUUGGGCCCCAGAAGACCAUCGCUACAUCACUGUGUCUGGGUGCGUUCUUGAAUAUCAAUAUAUAGAAGUGGCCCACAGUUCUCUACAAAUCUUUUUUGCACUGGCAGGAUUCAUCUACGCCUGUUAUGUUGUGAAAUGUAUCACCGAAGAAGAGGACAGCUUUGAUUUCAUAGGUGGAUUUGACUCUUACGGCUAUCAAGGCCCACAGAAGACAUCGCAUUUACAGCUACAACCCAUGUAUAUGUCUAAAUAGACAAAAGCUAAAUCUGUCCUGGGGAUGAAGGACUGGACAAAGAACUACUUCUUGCACAGCAUCCUGCAGGUUGCAGAAGAAGGAAAGAAGUCCUAACUUUUCUGUUUCAAUAUAUAAUAGAACACUCAUAGACAAGGGCCCUUCUGCCUAGCAAGUACUGACAGAAAUGCACAAGAUCCAGUCCCUCCCAACUUUGAUUUUCCAAAUUCCUACGCAGAAGGUUAAAAAAAAGAAGCAGUGGUGCCAUCUCCUGGCCACUGUCUACCUUCUGCCCUCUUUGCACUUGCCUCUGAUUUAUGAAACAAUCUCAUUUGUUUUAGCUAUUUGAGGCUCUUUUGUACUCUGUCUGGAGCCAUGUCUUCUUAGUCCAUACAGAUUAAAGAUAUUUAGAUGAUCUUGAAACCGAAGUCAAUAGACAGGAAGUUGUUUGCCCUAAAGGCUGUUUAGUAUAUGCUUGCCUUAACCCAUCCUAAGUCACACACUGAGAACUUUGAUGUGAACUCUCUGAAAUCACUUCCUUUAGGAUCAACCAUACUGUUCAUUCUAAAAAAAAAAAAUUCUAAAGCUGUGUCAGGUAAUAGACUCUGCUCCCAGCAUUCCGUAGAUGACUGUAUAUAAAAAAAACCAUCUCCUGUCGGAAAAAAAGUGCUUUAUGAUUAAGCUUCCAGAAUAUCUGGAUGCAAAUUUCUUCAAGGAAUUCUAAAAGAACUGGACACUUUGGGAGUUGGGAAAUGCCAGGAAAAGGAACUUUUACUAAACAUUAACUAAAGAAAGUGCAAACUCAGUGCUCCUUGUCCCCACUGUUUUAGUGAACGCACUCUAGGUGCUUUUAUAAAUGAUUCUAACCUACGUCUUUUACUAAUAACAGAGAUAUCUGCUUAUUUCUAUCAACAGAGGCCAACUGCAUCAGUACUAACAAUGUUUACUCUUUUAUAACUAAUUCCAGUUGAAAACCUUAUGUAAGUGAGCUUUUUUUUAAAAAAAUUGAAAAUCUGCAGCAUAUAAGAUCUUUCUGGAUUUUAUUCUUUUUUGUUUUUAAGUUGGGGUGGGAGUAGUUGCAUUGGUGAGAAUUUUGAAAACAUUUUUUGUGGUACUGGGGAAACUGUUGUGUGUUAGAAUGUGUAUCUAAUCUUCCUGUAUUUUUGUGGCUGAAAAAAACUGUGCUGUUAUGUAGUUGGCAACAAGAUGCCUUUGGAAACUUUACUAGUAGGUCAAUGUCUUUAUGAAAUACUCUUGACUCCUAGAAGCGUCUGUAUCCUGAAUUUGAGCUGUAUAUUCAACUACUGCAGUGGCUUUUCUUUGGGAAGAGUUAUAUUGCUCAGGCUUUUUUUGUUUUGUUUUGUUUUUUGUUUGGAACUUGAACUGCCCUCAUUCCUUUAUUUAAAACCUACAAAUACAUUAGCCUUAGGCACUUGAUGGGUGAGGUUCUUCUUAGCCCACUACAGCUUCUUCAAACAACUUUUGUCUGCACUUGCCAAAUGUUUCAAUUCUAUAUGGCCUGUAUGUCCACCAUCCUGUGUUGUAACUCUCAGUGCAAAUUCCCCUAGAAAUAAGACAGUCCAUCUUUUACCCAUUACCACUACCAAUAUACAUGCCAGUGUUUUUGCAGAGAUGCCACCUGUAUGACAACAGAACAGAUAUUUUUAACAGAAACCAAAAGUUAUUGGUUCCAGCAAUAAAGGUCAUAUCAAUAACAUUGAUAUGAGUGGAACACAGUAUCAACAUAUAAUACAAUAAUGAAAUACAUAUAAAAUAGUAGUUAGUACUUAAAAAUCCCCAAAAAUAUAUAGCUUAUAACUAAGCCUCUGCCUAGUUAUAUCAACACCAGUGGUAGUAUGAUAUUAUAUGAACUGUCACUCUAGUUACAGCUUCUAAAAAUGCUCUCAGUUUUAAUGCUUGUUUGCCAUUUCAUUAUUUUUGGUCAGGAUCAAGAGCCACAUCUCUUGUAGACCUGAAAUUCACUUAUUGCCAGUGGAAUUAGUCUGGAGUAUGGCAUAUGGAUUGUCGCCCUAACCUUGUUUUUUUACACUGUUUAUCCUUAAUAUCAAUGAAGAAAUGGAAUAGCUCUGCAGUAAGUAGUGUAAAGUCAUGACAAAUAUAUUGGUUUGCAUUCAGAUCAGCAAAGCAGCAGGCUUGAUAAAAUGAUCUCUCACAUUCUACACCUGAUAAAAUAGAAGGACAGAGUAUUUUUAAGAGUAAAUUUGUAGAUUCUAGAAAAGUUUAGAUGUCUUAAAAUGCUGAUUGUUCUGUAUCUCAAAUUCUUACUAAGGAGAAAUAAUGAUCCGUUACAUAAUCUAUACCCUAGUUCACUCUUAUUGAACACUAUAUAACCUAAUUCUUUUAAAACCAUGACUGGGUGCAUAAUUUUGUCCUUGAUAUAAUCUGGAAAAAGGUCAUGGGAAACCAGUUCUGCAUUGUUGUCAAGAAAACAGCUACACAGACAUGUCAGUGAAGUCACCAGCAGUUCAAUUCUACUCAAAGGGGACCUUACGAUUUAUAAUAAACAAACAAACAAACAAACAAACAAAAGCAUAUGUCAUACAUGCUGGGGACUAAUGAAGUCUUGCCUGCUGUCACUCCUCAUGAGCAAACAUUGUGAUUCUUUCAGUUUACAAUUAUUGAAUACAAACUAACUGAUUGCAUUUGAUCAAUUCCUGCUUUGUGUCACAUUCUAGAUUAAAGCAUUCCCCUACCUCUACAUUUGAUGCUUCCACUGACAUAUUUAUGGAAACAGUCGCUUUCCUGUUACUUAACAUAAUAAAAAUCAUAUAGAUAUUCUUAGUUUAUGUACAUCCACACCCACUGUUUGGGAGAGGCAAAUGCAUCCAGUAUGGGACAUAGGUGAAUAAUAUGAAGGUGGGACAUUCCCGUAUCUUCUAUGCAUUUAUGCAUUAUUGGGCCUGCAGGCAUGUUUGUCUCCAUAUAAAGAAUCAAGAGCCUCCAUAAAUAGUGUAGAAAGUUUUGCAGGCCUAUAACCAACUAUACACGACUCUAGACUUGUUUAUCAAAAACAUGAUUUUGAGCAUCAGCUAUCUUUUGGAGUAUAGC